AUGAAGUUCUCCUUCCUCUCCCUCCUCCUGGCCCCUGCCUUGGCAGCCGCCGCAGGUACCGCGGAAGAGGCCAACCCAACCACCACCACCUACGACUACAUAGUCGUCGGCUCCGGUCCCGGCGGCGGGCCCCUAUCCGCCGAGCUCGCGCGCGCCGGCUACUCCACGCUUCUAAUCGAAGCCGGCACCGACCAAUGGGACAACCCGACAUACGCCGACAUCCAGAACUUCAACGAGGCCGCCAACGACGAGACCACGCGCUGGGACUUUUGGGUGAAACACUCGGACGACGCGGCGCGUGACUUGAAAUUCAAGCACACCACGUGGGACACCGGGGACGGAACCUUCUACGUCGGCCUGGACCCGCCCGAGGGCGCAAAGUUGUUAGGCAUUCAGUACCCCCGCGCGGCGGUGCUGGGCGGGUGCGCGAUGCAUAAUGCGGGCGUGGCGAGCCUGCCGGAGGAUGACGAUUGGAAUCGCAUUGUUAAUCUGACGGGGGAUGCGAGCUGGGAGGCGGGCAAGAUGAGGGAAUACCUCAAAAAGAUUGAGAGGAAUGAGUAUGCUGAUAAGGGGGAUGCUAGUCAUGGACAUGACGGCUGGCUAGCAAUCUCCAACACUGACCCCUCCUGGGCCAAAAACGACUCAAACCCCGGCGUCAAAAUCAUGAAACGCAUCGCCGAGCUCAUCGGCCAAGACCCGUCCCAAGUCGCAGAGCUCGCGAACACCGACGUCCUCGGCGAUUUCCCGCAGCGAGACACCAUGUCCUCCUUCUUCAACAUGGCCACCCACGCCGACAAGAACGGCAAGCGGUACAGUCCCAAUAACUACAUCCGCGCCACGCUGGCCGACCCGGCCAAGUAUCCUUUGACCGUCAAGCUUAACACAUUGGCUACCAAAGUCUUGUUCAACACUACCGGCCAAAAGCCCCGUGCCGUGGGUAUCGAAGUCAUGGAAGGUCCCUCUCUCUACCGCGCCGACCCCAAGCACGUUGCUGGGUCCCCCGCCCCGCCCAAGACUCAAUAUUUUGCCCGCCGCGAAGUAAUCCUCUCAGGCGGCGCCUUCAACACCCCGCAACUCCUGAAACUCUCCGGCAUUGGCCCCGCCUCGGAACUCUCCCAGUUCCAAAUCCCCGUCCUCGUCGAUUUACCAGGUGUAGGCGAAGGUCUAACAGAUAACUACGAAGGCAGCAUCCUCGGUCUGGGAAAAGUACCCAUCGAAUCCGGUCUUAUUACUUUACUCUUUCGCACACCGAAUGCCCCGACCAAGAAAAGGAAUAUCUACGCUUGGUGCGGCGCUUUCAGCUUUGAGGGGUUCUGGCCUGGGUAUCCUACCUACUACGGCGCGGAGCAGUUUACCUGCGCGAUGGUGCAUGUGAAACCUCGCAGUCAGGAUGGGUCAGUUAGGCUGCUGAGCAAGGAUCCGCGGGAUAAACCCGAUAUCAACUUUCGGUUUUUUGAACACGGCGGGGAUGAGGAUCUAGCUGAGUUAGUCUCAGCCGCCAACAUCUUGCGAGAGUCGUGGCAAGCAGCCGGUGACUCAGUUACUCCCUUCCAAGAACUGCACCCGUGUCCUGCGACUUCGCAAUCCGCAAACAGCACUUGUUCACGGGUGGAAGAGGCGGAAUUCUUCAAAACCCAGGCUUACUCCCACCACGCCACCUCCAGCUGUCAGAUAGGCGGCGACGGCGAUAAGAUGGCUGUUUUGGAUUCCAAGUUUCGGGUUAGAGGCACGGAGGGGUUGAGGGUUGUGGAUGCCAGCGCUUUUCCUAAUGUUCCGGGGUUUUUUCCGAGUGUGCCGACUAUGAUGAUUAGUGUCAAGGCUGCGGGGGAUGUGCUGGAGGCUGCUAGGGCUGCUGAUGCUGAUGCUGAUGCGGGUAAGGGGGUUGAGGAGUGA